AAAUUGUCUCUCACAUCAUUCAGUCUCUUCUUUUUAAGUUUUCUCUUUACAUCUUUUUAAGUUUUCUCUUUUACAUCAUUCAACCAAAGUUUUUAUUUUAUUUUUUUAUCAUCACACCUCCCUUCAUCUUCAAACUUUAAUAGGUUGAUAUAGGUCAUUCAUUUUAUCAAGACUUGCAGAAUUAAAAUUUUUAUGCUUGUUUUUAUUCAACUUAGUUUUUAACUUGCCUCUUUGAUGAAACAGAGGACUUUAAUGCAGGAUGGGAUCAAAUGAGAAUGUUUCCAAUCAAAAAAUGGAAAAUGAAAAGGUCAAAUUUGAUGCUGGUGUUCGAUUCUUUCCGACUGAUGAAGAGCUUAUAAAUCAAUACCUUGUCAAGAAGGUUGAUGACAAUAGCUUCUGUGCUGUAGCUAUUGCAGAAGUUGAUAUGAAUAAGUCUGAACCAUGGGAUUUACCAGAGAUGGCUAAAAUGGGAGAAACAGAAUGGUAUUUUUUCUGUGUGAGGGACAAAAAAUACCCAACUGGUCAAAGGACGAAUAGAGCUACUAAUGCUGGCUAUUGGAAAGCAACAGGCAAAUACAAAGAGAUUUACAAGGGAAAUUCAUUAAUUGGGAUGAAAAAAACACUAGUUUUCUACAUAGGAAGAGCUCCGAGAGGUGAAAAAUCCAACUGGGUCAUGCAUGAAUACCGAUUGGAGGGUAUCUCACUCUCUAAGCACAACCUUUUUCCUGAGCACAACCUAUCCACACAUGGAAUGAGUGAAUGGGUUGUCACUAGAGUCUUUGAGAAGCGUAAUUGUGGAAACAAAAUGAAUGGUUCAAAACUUGGAAGGUCUAACUCCUCUAGAGAAGGACCAUCAAAUACUAAUGCAACUCUAUUGCCUCCAUACAAUAGUGAAAAUCAAUCAGAGAAAUCAAAAACACAAGAUGACAACAUUGUUCAUAACAAUGAAACUUGUAUCUUGAACAUUUCAUCCUCUUCAAAACAAAUGGAUGUUUAUAACCCUUUCGCUGAAGGAACAGUUGCUGAUUCCAACCAAACCUCAAUGGUCGGGAAUUCAUCAAACUUUUUCUCCCGAGAGUUUUCUUUUGGGAGAGAAUUUGAUGCGGAUGCUGAUAUCUCAUCUGUGGUAUAUGGAAAUGACAUGUUUCAAAGGUGGUCUGGGUAUCAAGAUUUGUCACCAGCUUCUACUGGACUUGCAGCCAAUGAUAGCUUCUGGAAUUUCUGAUUACAAACAAAAUUUCAUGUUGGUAGUGUGUCUGCAUGUCCUUUUUAUCUGUUUGUUAGUCUGAACGGUCAAAUUAUCCCUUGUAUAAUACCUGUUUUAUUAUAGUGUAUUGUAUCUAUUUUAUCUGAA